AAUACACCAGUGGAACGUGGGGAGAAGAGUCGAAGGAUAUCAGUUUUGCUGACUUUAAGUUCUACAUAACGCACUUCUUUCUGAAACAAGAAUGUAAGAAGGACGGCGGCGAGGACAAGCCUGAGGAAGGUACUGUCCUGUCAGACUGGGUCGCCUCCUGUUAUGAUCCAUUUUAGUUAAAUUCUUUCAAUAAAAAGGAACAUUAAAUUAUUUUUUGUGACUGUAAUAAUGCCACAUGAGUUCACCACAUCAGACCUGUGCUGCUCCAGGAGUCCUCCCUGCUCCGCCUGCACACCAUGCUGCGUCUACCCAACACUCCUCUGCAGCAGAAAAGCUCCUUCUGAAGACAAACAGCAGCUAUGCGUUGCCCUCUGCAAUGCAGGACCUUCUCUGUAUGAACAACGACUUCCCUCCUCGAGCCCACUGCUUGGUUAGAUGGUACGGCAUUCGAGAGUUUGUGGUCAUCAGCCCGGGAGCAAACUGCGAGGCCAUCAUCAGCGAGUCCAAAUGUAAUCUGCUCCUCAGCUCCGUCUCCAUCUCCCUGGCCAACAGUGGUUGUCAGGUGCCCAUGUUUGUGCAGAUCCAGCAGAAGUGGAGGCGGAUAUAUGCCGGAGAGUGCCAAGGACCAGGUGUACGUACAGACUUUGAGAUCGUCCAACUCCGCAAGGUGCCGAGCCAGUACAACCACCUGUCUGGUCUUCUGGACAUCUUCAAAUCUAAGAUAGGGUGUAACCUGCUCCCCCUGCCUCCGGUCGACAUCGGCAUCCGCUUCACUUAUAUCCUCCAGGACUGGGCGCAGCAUUCGUGGCCACAGCAGCCUCCAGACUUUGAUACUCUCCUCGGGGGUGAGGUGGGAGGAGUGGAGUUUGGAAACCUCCCUUUUGGAGCCUGUGAGGAACCGAUCAGUGAACUUCAUCUUGCGACCACCUGGCCCCACCUGACCGAGGGCAUCGUUGUGGACAACGACGUCUACAGUGACCUCGACCCUCUCCAAGCUCCUCAUUGGUCAGUUCGUGUCAGGGCAGCUGAAAACCCACAAUGUUUGCUGGGCGACUUCCUGAUGGAGUUCUUUAAGCUUUGCUGUAGGAAGGAGUCCAUGGAAGACAUUUUAGGAAGGGGACUGACAGAAGAAGAGGGAAAAGAAACCAACGACCUCAGCUCAGCUCUGUCCAAGCUGACAGAACCAGCCGCACCCGUUCCCAUAACCAAACUGUCCGUCUCCAGUAUGGUGCACAGCGCCCGCAAACGCAUCCGCCGGCGCCGGCACAUCGACGAGUCGCCUCUUAACAACGAUAUGCUUAAUUCAAUCCUUCUGUAUCUCUUCCCAGACGCUGCUGUGGAGAAGGAUAAAACUGCCCAGUCCAAUUCCAGCAGGACGCUUGACAAGGAGAAAAACUCUGAUGAUAACCUGUUCCUCCAGCUGAAGUCGGCUCCAGGUGAUAGUCUGACCCACCGGCUGGCCUUGUGUCUGUGUCUGGUUAACUACAACCACGGCGGCCUGCCAGCAGUCGCUCACCUCUGGCAGGAGUUUGUCCUGGAGCUGCGGUACCGCUGGGAGAACAACUACCUCGUCUACGGGCUGAAUGGUGGACCUCCUGACCUCCGCUGUUGUCUGCUACAUCAGAAGUUCCAGAUGCUGAACUGCUGUAUCGAGAGGAAGAGGGCCAGAGAUGAAGCUCACAAAGAGAAAGACAACAAGCCUCCAGAGUCCAACACGUCCUCCUCAACCAAAGAGGUUUCCCCUGGAAAAUCCUGGGAAUCCUGGAGCGACAGUGAUGAGGAGUUCUUUGAGUGUCUGAGUGACCAGGGGGAGACGGAGCCUCCUCAUCCUGAAGGAGGGAAGGAGGGCAGCAGAGUUAAAGCAGAAGGACGACUACAUCCCUACAACAGCAUGACUCUGCUCAACUCUGCAGAACCUCUUUAUGUUCCCGUCACACAGGAGCCAGCUCCCAUGACGGAGGAUCAGUUGGAGGAACAGUCACAAGUUCUUGCCAAACUGGGAACAUCAGCUGAAGGAACUCACCUCCGGGCUCGGAUGCAGAGCGCCUGUCUGCUCUCUGACAUGGAGUCCUUCAAGGCAGCCAAUCCUGGCUGCGUCCUGGAGGACUUUGUCCGUUGGUACUCACCUCGGGAUUACGUGGAGGAAGAGGUCCUGGAUGAGAAGGGGAACACGGUUUUGAGAGGAGAGCUCAGCGCCAGGAUGAAGAUCCCAGGAAACAUGUGGGUGGAGGCAUGGGAGACCGCCAGGGUUGCACCUGCUCGACGCCAGAGGAGACUUUUUGAUGACACCAAGGAGGCGGAGAAGGUCCUGCACUACUUGGCGCUGCAGAAACCUUCAGACCUGGCUCGGCUCCUCCUCCCCUGUCUGCUCCACGCCGCUCUUCAGAAGCUGAAACAGGAAGAGUCGAUAGAAAACAUGCCGUCAGUGAAAAAGAGCAUCCAGCAGGCUGCGACUCAGGCCAGCAAGCUGCUGCAUCCACCCAACUACGACUACAGCAAGCUGGAGGAUUUUAUUAAUCAGUUGGUCGUCAUAGAGACGGUCAUCACCCAAGCUCGGUCACUCAAAACGAAGUUUGCUGUUAAUGAGGAAGAUGAGGAAGAGUCCACAGCCGAGCUGGAGAGGUUUGUGAGCUCCCUGCUGGAAGAACCAGAGGUGGUGGUUGUAGGAGGAGGACAGGGAGCAGCUGGAAGGAUCAUCCACAGACUUUUCAUCAAUGCUCAGCGGGCCGUCCUCCUGCCACCUGUGGACGAUGACUUUGGAGGUGACGGAAAGCCGAUUGGGGGGAGAGGGAAAGUUCUGGACUUCCCUCCUCCAGCGGGCCGUGAGAUCCUGCUGAGAAGCUGCGUUCCUCGACCAGCUCCGUACUCUAAAGCUCUGCCUCAGCGACUCUUCUGUGUGUUGAUGAAAGAUGAGUUCAGACUGGCCGGAGCGUUUUCUUCAGACACAUCAUUCUUCUAAAAAACUAACUGAAUGAUUCAUCCUUGAACCUUUGAGACGAGUGAAGGACACGAGGGGAGGAUCGACAUCAAUAUUUUGCUUGUUCAGUAUUGGUCAGUGAUUUUUAUUAUUUGUGUUGCUUCCACAUCUUUGGCUUUAAAGAAAAAGUCCCAUAACUUUGUUAAAUUGAAUGAUGCUGACUUUUCAUCACAAACGUGUAUAGUAACACUGCACUUGGAGCAACUCGUUAAACUCCAAGUUGGUUUUACUCUUAUUAACGAAGCUUCAUUCUUUCAGCUGAAGAUUAAAACCAAACUAGUGACGGUAAAAUUCUGCAGUCGUGUUUCAUCAAAAUAUGAAUUAAAGCAACUUUCAGAGCAAAGUCUGCAUUCCUGAACUUAAUAAAAUUAUGCUCUGGAUUA